AUUUUUUAAUUGCAUGCUUUUUAUAGAUAAAAGAAAUGUACAUUUGUGGAGUUUUGUUCUUUAUUCUCUUAUUCACUGAACAAGGAAUAUGUAGAAAUGCUGAUUUUCACAACAACAAAGUUUUAUCUACAAUAACAUUUGGGAGUUGCAACCAUCAUGAUGAUGUACAGCCAUUAUGGUCAAAAAUUAUCAACCAAAAUCCUGAUUUAUGGAUUUGGUUAGGAGAUGCUGUUUAUGCCGAUACAAGAAUAUUGCCCUUUAUCUGGGUCCCUUCUUCACUUGAAAAUAUGAAAGACAAAUAUGAUCAGCAGAAGGAGAAUUAUGGAUACAAGGAAUUACUUGAUCGUGGAACACCUGUGAUUGGUGUGUGGGACGAUCAUGAUUAUGGGAUUGAUGGUGGGGGAAAGGAAUUUAAGUAUCGUUUUCAAUCUCAAAAAAUAUUUCUUGACUUUGUUGACGAACCAAUAGACAGUAUACGACGGACAAGAAAAGGAAUUUAUGCUUCGUAUUCUUAUGGUACUGGUAAUCAAAUUGUGAAAAUUAUUCUGCUAGAUGUUCGUAGCCACAUGGUAACAGGAAGUAGUUGUGAUAUUCUUGGUGAUGAGCAAUGGGAAUGGCUGGAAAAUCAAUUAAACGAUGACGCACCGGAAUUAAUAUUCAUAGGAACAGGAAAACAGGUACUUUCGGAUAUUCCCUUUAUCGAUAAAUGGAUGAGCUGCGCUUCCAGUCUUGAUCGACUGAUAUUUCUCGCCCAAAAGAGAUCAAAGGUAUUAUUUCUGAGUGGCGAUGUGCAUUUUUCUGAAGUGAAUUGUUUAAACUCUUCAGGAACUGGCUAUCCCCUGUAUGAGAUCACAUCUAGUGGACUCACGCAUUCUUGUUCUGCUUCGUUAUUACCAUCUGGUGUUUGUGAUUGGACGUUAAAAAAUGUUGUGGCGUCAAGAUAUCGUGUGUCAAAUGUAGUGACGGAUAAAAAUUUUGGUGUUAUAAAAAUUGACUGGGAAAGUAAGCCGAUUAAAGUAACGUUUCACCUGGUCGGUGAGAAUAGUAUUUUAUCAUCGUUUUCGAUUGUCACGGAUGAUUUAACAUUAACUAGACACCCAUCAUCGUGUCCAGUUGCUAUCGAACAACCGAACUGGUAUUGGAAGCGAUUAUUUUGGUGUAGUGUCGUUUUAACGGUCGUUCUUCUGUGUUUGUUUGUCCUAAAAAUACUUGACGUGAUUGGACGGUGGAUAGCAUUAGAGUUGUUAAAAGAUUUAGAUAUGAAAAUAAAACGACGUAUCAAAAAAUUAAGACUUAUGGUCGGAGCAGUAUAUAAGAAAAAAAACAAGGAAAAAACGAAUUGAUAUUUUUUUUUGUUUGGCUCGCAAAGCGUAGCAUUAUUGUUUUCCAUCAGGCGAAAUAUUUCUGGCGCACAGCUUUGAAGCAUUUUGGAAAUUCCAUCAGUCAGUAAAUUAAAUUUUGUAUUCUAUUGCAAUAUUACGCCUUGUGCUGGACAAAACUUCUAUUUUUGAGGGCAAGUUUCGUCCACGUUUUUUUAUGAGAAACAAGAAACGUUUUUAUCUGUAUCUUACAUAAAGAUGCGAAUUGACGCUGUAAUGAUUAUUUAGUAUGUAAAAGAUAUCCAGCUACAUAAAGAUGACUCAAUUAUUUUAGGAUUUUCUGUAUAAGAUGUAACUAUUUUAAGUGUAUAUUUUUUAUAGACAAAUUUGAAUUUGUAUUGAA